AUGUCUGAACAAUGUGCAGUUCCCCUUUGUCUCCCGAACAACUGUAAAUGGGACAAGCAGACAGGGGAGUACAGCAAGAGCGCUGGCCCCAGAGAAAGCCUUUGUGUUGUUGACGUAGCCAUAGAGAGGCUCAAGAGCAUCAAAGGGCCAGUAUGCGUGGUUUCAAUCGCUGGUCCUUAUCGCAAAGGAAAAUCGUACAUCCUGAGUAAAGCAUUCGAUCAGGGAGGAGUGUUUCCUCUUGGAGUUUCUCUAGAUCCGGAAACCAUGGGAAUUUGGAUGUGGAUUGUUCCAGAUAAGUUAAAGGACUCCAAUGGACAGGAGUUCACAGUGGUUUUGCUUGACUCUGAAGGCAUAGACGCCGUGUCAAGUGGUGAAUCGAACGAUCACUGUAUUUUUACACUGACCAUCCUUCUGGCUUCGGUACUGAUUUACAACUCUGCUGAUGUACCGACUAGAACUGAUCUUCACGGACUAGACUUUAUCGUGAAACUCUCUCAGCGAAUUCAGUUUCGUUCGUCAGCACAAACGAGUGAUUCAGUUAGUGGAGAAAGUGUGCAAGCUGAUACAAAUCAAUUUCGUAAAACAUUUCCCUUCUUCAUUUGGCUGCUGAGGGAUGUUUUUCUGUGUAUUCCAGGGGACUGUAACAGUAUCAAGGAUUUCUUCCUGUCAAGGGUUUUCAAAUUCGACCAUGCUUCAAAAGGCGACCAAUCACAUCAAGUGGCAGAGAGUAUCUUGAAUUUCUUCCCUGGGUUUGACGUUUUCAAGCUUCCUCAGCCUUCAUCAGACCCGGAAGUGUUAUUGAACCUUAACAGAGACGAGGUGCAGCAAGAUGUGAAAAAGUCAUUUUUCCAAGGAGUUCAGGAGUUCAAAGCACUGCUUAGGUCUAAGCUAUCACCUAAGCGCAGUUUUAACGAUGGAGAAUACGUAACUGGUGAAGCUCUUGCAGCUCUCGUUAAUAUUUACGUUUCUGCCUUGAACACUCCUGGUACAGUACCCAAUGUGCAGAGUGCGUGGGAGAGCUUUGUGCACACUAAGUGCACUGAGACGAAACUUGCCGCCUUGCAGGUGUAUGAAAAGAUAAUGACAUCAGAGCUAGAUGGUUCACUGCCUUGUGGCAGCGAUAACAUUCGUCAGGUUCAGGAAAGAGCUAUUGAAGAAAGCAUGAGGAUUUUUCAGGAAGAAACUGUCGGAGUUUCCGCCUCGAGUAGCGUGAAGUAUUUGGAUGAGCUCAUGGAGAGUAUGAACGAAGGGUUGAAACGAUGGCAAGAUGAGAACAAACGAUUAACGAAAGAACAAUGCCAUAAACUGCUGAGGGCCUUAAAAAAAAAACACUUGGACCCCAUUCUGAGGGAGCUAAGCGGCAAGGAUGGAGCAGCAGUCAGCUUUGCUCAGAUCAUUGGUGGCUACUCAGCAAUUGAACAGGGAUUUAAUCGUGACGCAAAGGGAGCCAAAGACGUUUGCGCUCAAGUGUUUUACGAGUUUCAUCCGGUAGGCCAAGCUGAGCCAACCAGUUAG